GCUGAGAUUUUUUUUGCCUAAAUUGCAUAAGUGUUUUGUGUGCGUGUUGUGUUGUUUUCGUGUUCGUCGUAUUAUUUUGUGAUUAUUUGAUUACUAAUUAAUGAUCGUAUCGUAUUUUUAUUAAAUAAUUUUGACGAAUCGAUGAAAAUUGAUUUAAAUUUGUGCAAUUUGAGUAUUGGUUUGUUUGGAAUUUUAUAACAUCGAUGUUACAAAUUUUUUAUCACUUGUGUGACAUAGUGCAUUUUUUCGAAUAUCGUGUUUGUGUGUAUUCGUUUGUUUUUGUGAUUACUUAAUUUCGAAUUUUUAUGUGAAUCGUGUUCGGAAAUUUGAUAUUUUAUCCCGGUUACCGACGAGAUUGCAGCGAAAAUGGUUGUACGUUUGCAGCCUCUCGAGUUCACUGAUUGUGUCACCGAUAGCCCAUUUUUUCGUGAUAAUUUGCACGCUCACGAAAGGGAAUUACAGAAAACUAGUCAACAAAUAAAACGCUUAAUUAAAGAAGUUAAAGACCUCAUAAAUGCGGCCAAACAUUUAUCGAGAGCGCAACGAAGUUUAUCGGUAUCUUUACAAAACUUCAGUUUUGAAUGCAUCGGUACAACACAAACCGACGAUGAACUUGUUAUCACCAAAUCAUUGGCAGAAUUUGGGCGGCUUAUUGCGGCCAUUGAAGAUGAACGAGAUCGUAUGCUCGAUCGCGCAUACGAACAAAUUAUAAUGCCAUUGGAGAAUUUUCGAAAAGAUCACAUAGGAGGUGUAAAGGAGGGCCGCAAAAAAUUCGAGAAACAGACGGCCAAGUUUUGCCAGAGUCAAGAAAGAUAUUUGAAUUUAUCGACUAAAAAGCAAGAUUCCGUAUUACAAGAGGCAGAUGCGACGUUGGAAAUGGAACAGAGACAUUUUUGUCAAGCCAGUCUUGAGUACGUUUUUCUCUUGCAAGAAGUUCAAGAAAGAAAGAAAUUCGAAUUCGUGGAAACUCUGUUAAGUUUCAUGUUCGGAUGGUUAACCUUUUAUCAUCAAGGCCAUGAAGUAGCCGAAGAUUUUAAACCGUAUAUGCGAGAAUUGCAAUUGCGUAUACAAAAGACUAGAGAAAAUUUCGACGCUACUCGGGAUAAAACUGAGUCACUUAUGAAAAAAAUGCUGGAACUGAGACAAAUGAAACCUACAGAUCCAGUUAAAUCGAGUAAAACGUAUACAAGAGAAGGCUAUUUGUAUCUUCUCGAAAAAAAAGCAUUAAUUGGCACAACGUUUUGGACGAAGCAUUAUUGCAUGUAUGAGAGAGAUACCAAGCAAUUUAUGCUAAUACCGUACAAUCAAAUGACCGGAAAAUCGAAUACGUCGGAAAAAAUCACCGUUUCGUCGUGUACAAGAAGAAUGUCUGAUUCGAUAGAUAAACGAUUUUGUUUCGAUAUUACGUCAGACGACAGGCCAGGUAUAGUUUACACGUUUCAAGCACUUAGCGAAGAAGAUCGUAAAUUAUGGAUGGAUGCGAUGGAUGGCAAAGAACCGACUUACGGCGUACCUGUUGUAAAUAAAAUGCCGAAACCGGAAGAAAGAUAUCUAGACGAAGUUGGCUUCGCGUUUGUUAACAAAUGUAUAGAAGUAUUAGAAUCUCGAGGUUUAGAUGAACAAGGCUUAUAUCGAGUAGUUGGCGUUAGUUCUAAAGUUAGUAAAUUAUUAUCAAUGGGCCUGGAUAGAAGAAAAGGUGAAAAAUUAUGCCUGGAAGAUUCUCAAGAAUGGGAAAGUAAAACGAUCACGAGCGCUUUAAAGACUUAUCUGCGUAAUCUGCACGAGCCUUUGAUGACGUUCAAGUAUCAUAAUUCUUUCAUCUUGGCUGCUAAACAAGAAACCAGAACGAAUCGAAUCAACGAGGUGCAUUUCUUGUUGCAUAAAGUUCCACAGCAGAAUUUCAACAUGUUGGAUAUUUUGAUAAAGCAUUUAACCAACGUUGUUGCUCACAGUGAUAAGAAUUUAAUGACUGUUAGUAAUUUAGGAGUUUGUUUCGGACCCACGUUACUGAGACCCGAAGAAGAAACCGUAGCUGCAAUUAUGGAUAUUAAAUUUUGUAAUAUAGUCGUUGAGAUUCUGAUAGAAAAUUAUCAUAAGGUGUUCAAAACAUUACCGGAAAUCGAGAGAUCGGAAUCGGUGGAAUCGUCGCCUCAAAAUCAUUCAAACACGAGGUCUUCGCCUCCUCCAUCAACUCCUUCUCCGGCACCACCGAUGGUCCACGCCAGACACAAACAAAUAGUUCAAAACGCUCCGUCGUUAACUCAUGCUGUGAUUACUAGAACGUAUUGUGAUGGUCCUAUGUUGAGCGCGAGUUUACAUAAUGUGGCAACAGCGACAAAUAAUUCGUCUUCGUCGGCUCCAUCGUCUCGAGAUCGAGCCGACAGUUACGCCAGUAUGCUUACGCACAGCGUCGAUCGUGAUAAUUAUGUAUCAGUUGCUCUGCCUUUACAAACCAAAGUUUACCAUUCGCAGUCUAGACCAAUGCUAAAUCGAGCACCGGCGUCGGGUGUAUGUGCCGGAAUGCCUGCGUAUUCGGAAACUAAUAUUCAUAAUUUACGUAAUAGUUCUGCGUAUAAUGUAAACUCUCAUCAUUUUAAUAAAUCUAUAACGCAUCCGUCUCAACAACCGCCUGCUCCUCCUCCGAUGUACUAUACGCCACCGUUGAUAGGCUCGGAGAAUUUAAACAGUACCAGUAGUUCGAAUGAAUCAGUCGCGUCGUUAUCGUCAAGAGAUAUCAAUAACCACAAUAACUAUAAUGAUAGGAUACCGCAAAAAAAUAAGAGAAGUUCAGCUAUGGGUAUUCACUAUGCAUCCAGCUACAAACCUUACGACUCUGUGGUAAGUGUGGCCGCCAGUCCGGUAAUUAGCGGCAGAACUAGUCCUGUUUAUACAUCUAACAUAAGACAAGUACGAACGUUAUACGCAUGUCUGGGAGAAAACGAUGGUGAAUUGUCAUUUGAACCAAAUCAGAUAAUUACAAAUGUUCGUUCAUCAAUGGAACCAGGCUGGCUGGAAGGUACUUUGAACGGUAAAACGGGAUUAGUACCGGAGAAUUACGUAGAAAUAUUGCCAUAAUGUCUGCGUUUACCUUUAAAGCCACCUCGUUUUUUGUUGACUAAAAAGAAAAUUUUAUCCAAAGACCAGAAAACGGACGAUGUACCAAAGCGUAUUAUAAAUUAAGAUUAUUUAUUUUACCGGUUAUGUAUUUUUACGAGCAUGCGAGUUAUUCUCGCUGUUUGUAUUUUGUCGUGUAUGGUGUUUUUACGAAUUUUUAAAAAAUUCAUUCAUUUAAAUAAUCAAACGACGAUGAGCUGUUUAAACAUUCUAUUUGACUACCUCUAGGUACCAGGUACUCUGUAUCUUGGUAUGGUUCAUUAUAUACGCAAUCAUUCUAGACAUAUCAUUGAUAAAUUUUAACGAAAUAGAAUUUUUAAUGUAUUUUUAACGUGUGUACCUACCUUUUCCUUUUCUCUCGUUUUGAUUCGGUUUGUAAAUACAUAUUAGGUACCUAGUGAUGAAAUUUUUAAAGUGACAAUUUCAUUCGAUCGAAGAAAGCUAGACUGCGAAGGAUUUAUUUAUUUAUCCGCUGUAGUUCCUAUUUUUAAUUUUUUUUUCCUCUGUAUAUUAUUAUAUUAACACCAAGAAUCAACACACAUUUCGACCAUUAUUGAGAUAUGUGCAUUUUUUUCUCUCUUUUUUAUAUUCAAAGUUCUGAAGAAUUUUCAAAUUUUUUUUUUAGAUAACGUUUUCUUCUUUUUUUUCUUUUUUAUAAAAGAACACCAAUUUUUUAACGUAUUUUUUAUUUAACGUUAUAAGUUUACCAGUUUAAUAAUUAUGUACACUGUGCAAUAAUAAAUCAGAUUACCUGAUAGGUAGUAGUUAAUUUUGUUAUUUCUUUUUUUUUAUUUUAUAACGAAGAAUUUAUUGUAAAUAUUGUUUUUCUUUUGUUUUAUUGUUUUAUAUGUGUUUCCUUUUUUGUUAUGCGAAAAAAAAAGAAUAUUUUAAUGAUAAUCGCGUUAAUAAAAAUUGAUUUAUAAUGAA